GACUUCCGAGCGGCUGACACGCGCACACACGCACGCACGCACGCACUCGGGAUGCGCGACAUCUGAAAGGCGGCAAAUCAACAACAACAGCAGCGUCAUCAUCAUCAUCAUCAUCAUCAUCAUCAUGACGAGAUCGGAGCAGAAUUUUGGUGAGUCUGAGGUUCAGCAGGAGGAGGCGUGCAGCCCCACAGGAGCAGGAACAGGAACGGGAGGGGAGGAGGAAGAGGAAGAUGAGCGCUGCUUGAUGGACGAGGACGAAGAAGAGGAAGAAGACCAGGAGGAAGAGCAAGACCAGGAUGACGGAGAGAACAAACCCAAAAGACGAGGACCUAAGAAAAAGAAGAUGACCAAGGCUCGCAUGCAGAGGUUCAAAGUUCGGCGUAUGAAAGCCAACGCUCGGGAGCGCAACCGCAUGCACGGCCUAAACGAUGCUCUGGAGAGUCUGCGUAAGGUGGUACCAUGCUACUCCAAGACCCAAAAACUGUCCAAGAUCGAGACCCUACGCCUGGCCAAGAACUACAUCUGGACCCUCAGCGAGAUCCUGCGCUCCGGGAAAGCCCCAGACCUCAUCACCUUUGUGCAGGCCCUCUGUAAAGGUCUCUCCCAGCCAACGACCAACCUCGUGGCAGGCUGCCUCCAGCUGAACCCUCGCACCUUCCUACCCGAGCAGUCACCCGAGCUCCCGGCCCACCUGCCUCCUCCGGGUGGCACUCCCUACGUGGGGCACUUCUCUUACCAGAGCCCGGGCCUGACGCCGGGCCUGCCCAGCCCGCCCUACGGGACCAUGGACCCGUCACACAUCUUCCACCAGGUGAAGGGUCAGGCAUACGGUGCCCCGGAACCAUACUUCGACGGCGUCAUGGUGACGGAAAGCCCCCCUUUCGACCCGCCCCUCAGCCCGCCCCUCAGCAUCAACGGGAACUUCUCGUCCUUCAAACACGAGGCGGCGGCGGACUACGACAAAACCUACUCCUUCAGUGUGCACUACGGAGGUGGGGGAGGCACCCAUUGCGGUGGGGGUGGCACACAUGGCGGCAUAUACCCGCAGGUGGACAACCUGAUGGGCUUCGACGGACACUCGCAUCACGAGCGGCUGAUGAAUGCCCAGCUCAAUGCCAUCUUCCACGAGUCCUGAGCAGUGCUCUGGAGCGGCGGCCAUCUUGUUUUUCUGUCCGUCCUUUCCACUUCGUGUCCGGGGCAGCAGCCACUCAAGCAGCAAUAAGCCAAACUAUGCAAUUUGAUCCCAAACCACCAAAAAAAAAAUAAUAAUAAUUAUCUAUUUUUGAGCAUCCUCCUUGUUGCUCUGUUGAACAUGUCCUACUAGAGUUUCAUGUCCUCACGUUCUAUAUGUUUGUAAAGACUUUUAUUAAAGGGGAUAUGUUCUGAAAAUGUGAUUUUAAUGUUGUAUCCAACUAGCGCCACUCAUGCCCACUCAUUAAGUGUGAAAACAUGUCUGUGAGCGAGCCGUUCUCAAUGUUGCCCAAUUGUGACAUCACAGUGGGGAUAAUUAAGAUAAUCUUGCCCACACACCAAUUUCUUCCGUCAAUGACUUGCUCAGUUAGGCUGGCCAAAGUUCCAGAGCCAAAGAAAUGAAAAACGUUCUUUGAAUGUACAUAAUUCGAACAUGUGCAUCAGUUGUACAUGAUUGAACUGUGUUAAACUAAUACAUAUAAUUUGAUUAUUUUCAAGGAAAAGGGGAAAAUUAUGUCAGUUUACCGCAUUUUUAUCAUGUGCAACAGUAAAUUAAGUACUUUUUUUCAGAACACUUUGGUCGAUCAUGUCAAACCCGAAGAAAGGGUAAGCAGAGCUGCAAUGUUAGCUGAAAUUAGCAUUGGCAGCAUUAGAUUCUGAUCGUAAGGUCCUAAUAAAGUUGUCUACAUGGAAAUAAGGAGUGUUUACGUUGUGUGCACACCGUUAAACUAAUUGACAAGCAUAUUUCGGUGACUUGGUGAUGAAAUGCUGCAUGUGAUAAAGCAAUUAAAUCUCUAUGGACCCUCGCUUUAAGUGUGAAAAAAAACAGAGGGAGUGUUUCUGUUCAGCGAUGUGUCCAUGGGCCACAAAAAAACACUGACAUUGUCUUGGGCACUCUCUCGUUUUCCACAUUCUGGGCUCUGCUUAUGUUAUAGGAAGUAAGCAGCCAGCUGUUGUCAACAACUCUCAAAUUUUCCCUUAAAUUGUAAAAUAAAUGCAUACUAUGUCCCGUUUAAAACAUACACUAUUUACUGUGUAUUAUUAUUCUUCAAGAAACAAAAAGACAAAGUUUGUACAUAUUUUCCCACAAAAAAACUGUUUGAUUCAAGCAUUUAAAAAAGAAAAGAAAAGUUUUACAUGAUACAUCACAUGUGCAGGUUUGCACAUAGUGUGUGUGAAAACAAGAUUAUUUUCAUAAAUUAAAAUAUUGCCUGCAGAAUGAA